AUGACAUUAGGAAAUAAAAACAAUCAAGAAGAAAAGAUUGAAUCGGAUAUUGAAGAGGAUGAUUAUGUAGAUAAUAAAAGUAAUGCUACAACUACAGACGAUGAAUUUUACAAUGAACUUAUGGAUGCUCCACCUGAAUUUGAAGAUCAUUUAAUGCCUGAUGGAUGUAAAGAUGAAAUAACUGCUAUUGAACAUUUUACAUCAUGUCUUAAUCGUCGAUUUAAUUCAUGUCCAGUAGUUUUUACUGGUACACUUGAAGAUGCUUUGAAAGAAGCUUUUAAUUCGAAAGAAAUCAAAGAACGCCGACCACUUCUUAUCUAUGUGAAUAAUGAUAAAAGUGUUUAUUCAAAUGUAUUUUGUAGACAAUUAUUAUGCCAUGAUAAACUUAUUGAAUAUUUAUUAAAUAAUUAUGUUCUUUGGACAUGGGAUGUUACAUUUUCAUCAAAUGGAGAAAAGCUGAAUGAAAUAUUGAAAACAACAUUUUCACAAUGGAAACCUGGACACUCGAUUGGUACAGGUACAACUGAACAAUAUCCAUUAUUAAUUGGUAUUCGUCGUAGUACAAAUAAUGAUUAUUUAUUUGAUCGUAUUAUUGAUGGUUCAAAUAAGAGACCAGUUGUUGAUGAAUUUCUUGCACAAUUAAUAGAAUAUAAAGAUCGUUUUGAUAUUAGUGAAGAAAAUUUCGAAAGAGAAAAAGAACGAUCGAAUCAAUUCAUUAUGAACUCGUUAUGUCGAACUCAAGAUUUUCAUCAUUCAUCAAAAUAUCAUGAUCAUCGUGAUAUUUAUCCGCCAACAAAAAUGUUUUCACCGUUAAGUUUCGAUAGAAAUCCUUCACAAUAUUCGGGAUUUUCAAGUUAUGAUUCUCAUAGAUCUUUUUUACCUAAUUACAAUAAUAAUAAUUUUCCAGAUAGAUUUCGACAAUUACAUAUUAAUCCUGAUGAUAAUGAUGGUGAUGAUGAUGAUGACGAUGAUGAAAUAACGCCAACUGUUAAUCGUCCAUUACCAAAAUUUCCUGAAUAA